AUGGGCCGUGCGACAAUAAAAUCGGGUUCCAUCAACCUUCUCAACACCAUCAUUGGUGCUGGUAUUUUGGCCAUGCCUUUUGGCCUCAAAUGCAACGGUAUCAUAUUUGGCUCCUUCCUAAUAGCAUGGUCGUCCCUUACAUCUGCGUUUGGUCUUUAUCUUCAAAAUAAGGUAGCGAAGUAUACACAACAACGAGAGGCUGUAUCUUACUUCAGCUUGUGCCAGUUGACAUACCCUCAGCUAUCAGUGGUGUUUGACGGGGCCAUUGCCAUAAAGUGUUUUGGUGUGGGAGUCUCGUACUUGGUUGUUAUUGGUGAUUUGAUGCCUAAAAUUAUGGAGCUGCUCAGGUUCUCACCGGACUCGUGGUUCAUGGAACGUAACUUGUGGAUUACCAUAUUCAUGGUGCUCAUGGUGGCUCCACUCUCGUAUCUCAAAAAGCUCGACUCCCUCAAGUAUACUUCUGUGGUUGCGCUUUUCUCCGUGGUAUACUUGAUUUGUCUCGUUAUUGAGCACUACAUAGUGGAUGACCUUCCUCCUAGAAGCAUCGACGUUGUUGGACCUAAACUGUGGACUAAGACCCUCUCUUCAUUCCCAAUUUUCGUCUUUGCCUAUACAUGCCACCAGAACAUGUUUGCUAUUAUUAAUGAGUUGGAACCUACAGAGAAGUCCGGUUCUCAGACUCGUCAGGCCAAUAUGAUUAUUCGUAACGCCAUCACCAUAGCUUGUGCUUCGUAUUUGGUGGUUGGCAUAAUUGGCUACUUGACGUUUGGAAACAAAGUGGAUGCUAAUAUCAUCACCAUGUAUCCUAAAGACUCGGUCCCUUCUCUUAUCGGAAGACUUUGUAUUGUCGUGAUGGUCUCGUUAUCUUUCCCACUACAAUGCCACCCAUGUCGUGGCUCAAUCAACCACAUUCGCUACUUUUUGAAGCACGGUGUUCAAUCACACAAGAUGCGCCAGUUUCAAGUAUCAACUGAUGGCUAUACGCCAAUCCAGUCAGAUGCUGAAUCCAUGGUAGAAGAAUCAUUUGUAUCAACGACACCAAUGGAGGGAGCUCAGGAUACUGAAGGUCAUGACCCAAUUGUGGUGAAGCUUACUACUAGACAAUUCUACAUCAUCACGACCGGUAUUGUGGUCUUGGCAUAUUUGGUUGCGAUCUCGGUUACUUCUUUGGCGCAUGUUCUUGCAAUUGUUGGUUCGACUGGUUCAACCUCUAUUUCAUUCAUCUUGCCAGGAUUGUUUGGCUUCAUGUUGAUCAAACCGCUCAAUGGUGCAACUCAAUUGACUAACCUAGAAUUGUUCUGCAGAUAUGGAGGCUUCGCCUUAAGUGUUUGGGGUGUCCUUGUGAUGAUCGUCUGUCUUUUCGUCACCAUCUUCCUUGGUGCUACACAUUAA